AUGCCUAGCCUUCGUCUGGGAAAUACUGCCCCCGAUUUCGAAGCUGAAACCACCCAGGGUCAUAUCAAGUUCCAUGAGUGGAUUGGCGACUCAUGGGCUAUCUUGUUCUCACACCCCGGUGAUUUCACUCCUGUCUGCACGACGGAGUUGGGUGAGGUUGCGCGGAGGAUCCCUGACUUCAGACAGCGCAAUGUGAAGGUCAUUGGGAUCUCUGCCAACGGUCUCGAGGAGCAUGAGAAGUGGGUACAGGAUAUCAACGAAUAUGGCUCAAAGUUCGCCCCUACCAACGUUGAUUUCCCCAUCAUCGCCGACCCUGAGAGGAAGAUCUCCACCUUGUACGACAUGCUGGAUGAGCAGGAUGCCACCAACCGCGAUGCGAAGGGUCUCCCGUUUACCAUCCGUACGGUCUUCGUUAUCGACCCGAAGAAAGUCAUCCGCUUGACGCUUGCAUACCCCGCUUCCACUGGCCGUAACUUCGACGAGAUUCUCCGGGUGGUCGAUUCUCUGCAGAUUGGCGACAAGUACAGGGUGACGACCCCUGUCAACUGGAACAAGGGCGACGAUGUCAUUGUGCACCCAUCAGUGACCAACGAGGAGGCCAAGACUCUGUUCCCCGAUUUCGUCAUCCACAAGCCCUACCUGCGGACGACCCCACUCAGAGUCGAGUAG